AAAGGUUACUCCUGCUGUCCUCAUGGCUCUCUCUGUACCUCUACUUCUUCUUCUUCUUCUUCUCCUCUAUAGUCAUGAGCCAUUGUUCUCUCCUCAUCAAUUAGUUCUUGACUUCUUUCUUAAGAUAAAAUGGCUCUCAUACAACCAUUCUACUCAGACAUUUCUCUUGGAAAACCCCUGCCCCUCUCAGUUUUAUCUCACAACCCCACAAAUCCAGGAGGGAGAAGAAGAAGAACAGAGACAGUUACUUUUCCUGUUUCAGACCUGUUCUUGUCUUCUCAUACCGAACUGUGUCACAAAGGAAAGUUGAAUCAUAUGAGGACUGGACUGAUAAAGUGUUCGGCAGUGGCAGAGGUUGGUGAGGGACUAUCGGAAGAAGAGGUUUUUCUAGGGUAUACUGAUGAGGAGGAUGAGAAGGAUGCAGGAGUGGUUGCAGAUUAUGAUUGGAGAGAGGAAUGGUAUCCUCUCUAUCUCUCCAAUGAUGUCCCAGAUGAUUCUCCUUUGGGUCUCACCGUCUUCCACAUACAAAUCGUGUUGUACCGAGAUGGGAAUGGAGUUCUUCAUUGUUAUGAAGAUCGUUGCCCUCAUAGAUUGGCAAAACUCUCUGAAGGUCAGUUGAUUGAUGGAAGACUGGAAUGCCUCUACCAUGGUUGGCAAUUUGAAGGUGAUGGUCAAUGUGUGAAGAUACCUCAGCUUCCAGCCGGGGCAAGAAUUCCUCGAUCUGCUUGUGCCAAAACAUACAAGGUGAGGGAAUCUCAAGGUGUUGUAUGGGUAUGGAUGUCAGACAAGAGCACUGAGAAGCCUGAAAAAUUGCCUUGGUUUGAACACUAUGCUCGGCCAGGAUUCCAAGAUCUCUCCACUGUUCAUGAGCUACCGUAUGAUCACUCAAUAUUACUUGAGAACCUAAUGGAUCCUGCCCAUAUCCCAAUCUCACAUGAUCGGACAGAUUGGACUGCAAAGAGAGAAGAUGCUCAACCCCUACUUUUCACGGUAACUGAGCGUACUGGUCGGGGAUUUGCAGGUCAAUGGGGUAAGGAAAAGGAACAAGCCAUGCUGAACUUCUUACGUUUUGAAGCACCAUGUGUUCUUCAGAACAACCGAGAGUUUGUAGACAAAGAUGGCGUGAAACAGUAUUUCUCUGCUCUCUUUCUUUGUCGACCAGCUGGACAAGGGAAGUCCAUGGUCAUUGCAAGGUUUGGAACAACCAAGAGGUCCUCCUUGCUUGCACAAUUACUUCCCAAGUGGUACUUCCAUCAGAACGGAAGUAAGAUUUUUGAGCAAGAUAUGGGGUUCCUCUCAUCUCAAAAUGAGGUUCUUAUGAAGGAAAAGCUUCCAACAAAGGAGCUAUACCUUAACCUAAAGUCCUCUGACACAUGGGUUGCUGAAUACAGGAAAUGGAUGGAUAAGGUGGGUCAUGGUAUGCCUUACCACUUUGGCCAUAGCACAAUCUCACUGCCAAAAGAGCCUGCUGUGGUGGAAAAUGCACCUGCAGGACUGGUUGCUGGCAUCUCAGCUUCUUUACCAGCCAAAGGAGGAGCAGGAACUAUGCAUGCUCCUAAUCCAGUUAACCGAUAUUUCCGUCAUGUGAUCCAUUGCAAGGGAUGUAGAAAUAUGGUGCAAGCUUUCCAAGCUUGGAAGAAUGCCCUGUCUAUCGUGACUCUUGCUUCAGUUGCAUUAGCCAUUUUAGUGUCUGGAAGACGGUGGAAGGUCCUUUACUUGGUUUCAACUACAUUUUUCUUGGCCGGAGUGUAUGUUUGCUCAGCUGCAAUUACAAUGAACACAGAAAACUUCAUCAGGAAGCACCGAUUAUUGUGAGAGUAUGGAAUUCUUCUGUAAGAAUCUUUGUAUAUUUUCAGAUACAAAGAGAAUUGGAAUUUAUGUAUGAUAUUGAGUCAGAAUUGCAAGCUGAGAAAACAAUAUGGUCUCU